CUUCCCUUUGUGUUUCAACAGAUGUAGGGGAAAUGAAAGUCUCUCUCAUAUGAUAUCAAGGUUUUUUGCAGAAGGAAGGCGUAUACAAUGACUACAGAUGAUGGAUUAAUUCAGAUGUUCUAUGAUAUAGAUGUCGAUAAAUCUGGGGUUAUUGACUGUGAUGAAUUGAGGCAAUAUUUGCUCAAAAAAGAAUUCGGCGAAUUCUUCAUUUCGAGAUUUCUCAAAGUGUUUGAUUCUAACCGUGAUGGUAAGAUAACUUUUGAAGAAUUUCGCAUUGGACUACAUAAAAUUCCGCAUACACAGAAAACUUAUUCUUACUGGCAUCACAUACUGCACAAAGUGGAUAAAGACAAAAAUGGUUAUAUCACAACAAAUGAAAUUUAUGAUAUGUUAGCUGAAAGCGGUAAUGGAGAAAAAUUCACAUCAAAAGAACUUCAAGCAUUCAUACGUGAAUAUGAUCAAGAUGGUGAUGGAAAAUUGAACUACCACGAGUUUCUUGAUUAUUUACUUGAUCAGCCAACGACAGACGAUCAAAAUCACGCAACAACAACAAAGACAGGAAUUUAGAGUAAUACGUUUGCAAGAAAUGAAUAUGAAAAUAGUGUUUUGGUAACUCAGAAAGUAUACUUAGGAAGGACAAUUCUAAUAACAUUCCUUCACGAUUCAUAAAGUAUAGACAACGUAAUUAAUAUACCCAUUCCUAAAAAAUGAUGGUAACUUCAUUUUAACAGAAUGAAUUCUUGUCUCAUGUGUUGUGUUUUUUUCUCUUAAAGCCAAUAGUUAUUCACUUCUUUUAAUAUAGCUAUCAAACAAUAAUGCAU